UGCUCGACUCAGAUGGAAAGGCGAAGCCUGGAAGCUUUGGUGGAGCUGUUAACUGGAUAGGAGCAUAUGAUCAGUGUAAUGGGAUAGAGACACAAACAUAUAAAUUGUUAUUACAGAUGGAUGCAGACAUCCCCAUAGGACAGGAUACAGUCAGGCUCAAGUUCAAGGGACAGUACAUGUCAAUCAGAAUAUGGGCGAUUGAUCCAGGAAGGAACAAUGCAUAUACACCAUUUGACAUUGGAGCAUGCGUCCCUGACAGUUGUAGUGAAGAUGACAUAAGGAGAUACAUGACAUAUGGGGAAAAGUCUGUGGUUCCAAUAGAGGUUUACAAUGGCA